AUGCCUCUGUUGAGAGAUCUUCGGAAGAAAGAUGACAUCAAUGCUGUUUAUGAGCUGAAAGAAAAACUUGGAGAGGGCUCGUUCUCUGAGGUUCGAGUGGCUCAGCACAGAUGCACUCAGAAGCUUGUGGCUGUCAAGUGCAUCCGCAAGAGAGCGCUGAAGGGAAAAGAAUCCAUGCUGGAGAAUGAGAUCGCAGUAUUACGCAGAAUAAAUCAUGAAAAUAUUGUGUCUUUGGAGGAAACCUUUGAGACUCCUUCUAAUCUGUAUUUGGUAAUGACACUGCUGACAGGAGGGGAACUGCUGGACAGGAUUCUGGAGAGAGGCAGUUACACAGAAAAAGACGCCAGUCGUGUGAUAUAUCAGGUGCUGCAGGCGGUGAAGUAUCUGCACCAGCUGGGCGUUGUGCAUCGAGAUCUAAAGCCAGAGAACUUACUGUAUGAGACUCCAUUAGAAGACUCCAAAAUUGUCAUCAGUGACUUCGGUCUGUCUAAAAUGGAAGAGCAGGGAGCUCUUUCCACGGCCUGUGGGACACCUGCCUAUGUCGCUCCUGAACUUCUACAGCAGAAAACAUAUGGUAAAGAGGUGGAUCUCUGGGCCAUUGGGGUCAUUACAUUUAUUCUACUCUGUGGCUAUCCUCCGUUCUAUGAUGACAAUGACACACAACUCUACAAGCUGAUCAUAAAGGCUGAAUAUGAAUUUGAUUCGCCAUACUGGGACGACAUCUCUGACUCCGCGAAAGACUUCAUAGUUCACUUACUGCAGAAGGAUCCAGCGAAGAGGUUCAAUUGUGACCAGGCCUUGCAGCAUCCUUGGAUAUCAGGAGGUGCAGCUCUAGACAAGAACAUCCAUGGCUCAGUGUCAGCACAGAUUCAGAAAAACUUUGCCAAGAGUCACUGGAAGAGAGCCUUUAAUGCCGCCAUCAUCGUGCGUCAUUUAACAAAGAAAACCCACUCCGGGGAAGACGAUGAAGGGAAUCACUCCACAAGUAUAGGGACCAUCUGACAAUCUACUGGCAGUAAACCGAGGCUCUGUUAAAGGAAUAGUUCACCAAACAUGAAAACUGUGUCAUUUACUCAAGCUCAUGUUACUCCAA